GACAUGUUAAGAAGUAAAUAGGAUGCAUCAAUUCUUUUCACUAGCGUCCCUCCCUAAUAUUACCACUAAUAGAAAUAUGGCAUGUGUGCUGUUGCUCUUUCAACUAAUCCACUUCUCUGCCCAACUUUCUUUUCUGUUUUUUUUCUAUAUAAUGUCUUUAACUUCAAACAAAUUUUUUAUCAUUCUAUUCUUCCUUAAUUUGGAGCUUAAUUACUUCCUACAUAUUCAUAAUCAUAAGAAGGGCCUUUCAAUUUUUCAGUAAUAUUAACUUUGGUAAACUAGUUUUUUCUCAAGUUCUGCUUUUGAUUAACAUAUUUGGUUUCUUUCCCAAGUAAAGAAUCUUAUGUACUCUGUGAUUGUGAUUCUACGUCUUCUUUCAUAUUCUCCUUUGGUGCUUCAAUAUUUAAAUAUAUACAAUCUUAAUCAGAAUUUUAUAUUGCUGAAGUAGAUUGUCCACAGGAUUGUGCAAGUAUGGUCAAGAAUACAAACUUAUCAACCAUUCGCAAUUUCUUCCGGAAAAGUGAGGAAGCGCCUAUUACAGACAGUGAAGCUGAUAACUAUUUGAAGGAUUAUUACAUUCCUGAUUACUUACUUCUACCAGAAAGAGAAAUACAGGAUGGCUACGAUGUAGCUUCUUGUCCUGUACUAGUAUUUAUCAACUCCAAAAGUGGCGGUCAAUUAGGAGGACAACUUCUUUUGACAUACCGUACUCUUCUUAAUAAAAAUCAGGUAUUUGAUUUGGGAGAAAAGGCUCCUGACAAGGUUCUACAUCAAUUUUACUCCAAUUUAGAGAAACAUAAGCAAAAUGGAGAUAGCUUGUCUUAUGAGAUUGAAAAGAGAUUGAGAGUAAUUGUGGCUGGAGGAGAUGGAACAGCAGGUUGGAUUCUUGGUGUCAUUUCAGAUCUUAAAUUAGCUCAUCCACCUCCAAUUGCGACGGUGCCAUUAGGAACAGGAAACAAUCUACCUUUUGCAUUUGGUUGGGGAAAAAAGAAUCCAGGUAUUAACUGCCAGUCUGUGAAGUCGUUCCUGAAUCAAGUUAAAAAUGGAAAAGAAAUGAAAGUUGACAGCUGGCAUAUUCUUAUGAGGAUGAGGGCACCUAAAGAAGGUUCUUGUGAUCCUAUUGCACCUCUUGAGCUACCAUAUUCAUUGCAUGCUUUUCACCGCGUGUCUCAAGCUGAAACUUUAAACAAGGAAGCCUAUAAUAUAUUUCGAGGAGGAUUUUGGAACUACUUCAGUAUAGGAAUGGAUGCUCAAGUUUCAUAUGCAUUUCACAGCGAGAGGAAGCUCCAUCCAGAAAAGUUCAAACACCAGUUAGUUAACCAGAGGAACUAUGCAAAGCUUGUAUGUAAACAAGGAUGGUUUUGCACUUCUUUCAUGCAUCCAUAUUCAAGAAAUAUUUCACAGCUAGCAAAUGUCAAAAUAAUGAAAAGGCCAGGUGAAUGGAUAGACCUUCACAUACCUAGAAGUAUUAGGUCUAUUGUCUGUCUUAAUUUACCCAGCUUUUCUGGAGGACUUAAUCCUUGGGGAAGACCUAACAAGAAGAAGCUGCAUGAGAGGGAACUUACUCCUCCAUAUGUUGAUGAUGGUCUGCUUGAGGUUGUUGGUUUCCGUGAUGCUUGGCAUGGACUUAUUUUGUUUACUCCAGGAGGGCACGGGACACGCCUUGCACAGGCAAACAGAAUACGAUUUGAGUUCCUUCGGGGCGCUUCUGAGCAUACAUAUAUGAGGAUGGAUGGGGAACCAUGGAAACAACCACUUCCUAUGGAUGAUGAUACAGUUGUUAUAGAAAUUUCUCACUUUGGUCAAGUGAGCAUGCUAGCCAGUCCAAAUUGCUUAUCAAAAAAUAUCAAUGCUGCUACUACAAAUCAUCUUCAGGAGGAAGAGAAAGACAAGAAUAGUGAAUGUUUUGUUGAAGAUGACUUGGAAGAGAGGAGAAAGUUGGGUGCAGCUGACACUUUCCGAAUUCCAGAUGGUUUCGACAUAACACAUCUUGUAGUUAGGCAUUUAGAAGGCCUUCAUGGACAGAGUUAACCAGUACACAUGUUAGUAGGAUGUAACAGGUGCUCAGGUGAAUUGUCCAGGUGCGUGCAUGCUAGCAGGGAAACUAAUGUUAUCGUAGGAAAGAAAAAAAGGUCAGGCCUUCAAAAUUAGCUUACAACAAUUUUAAAGUGUGUAUAUUAGCAAGUACUAUAGUAGUCUGCAUUAGAGACCUAUGUUGCGCGGACUCUCCGAUCCGGUUUUGUCGCCGAAUCCGUCUCGACGCAACGUUGACACGGGUGCGGGUGCUUCUUGCGUCUAAGAUUCGGUCAAAUGAAUCCGGGUUUGACCAAAAUCAAGAACACAUUUGUGGGGGAAAAUUGAGAUUUGAUUUCUUA